AUGUCGAACCUAUCAAAUUCACACAGGCCCCGGAAAAAGCGAAAACAGCCUCCUGCUCUGAUCCGAAAGAACACCAUCACUGACAUUGUCAAACUCGACCCUGACGACGGCAAUGCCAUCACCCCUGAAUUCCCCCUGGUGGCUUUUCUGUGGCCAGCUCGGGGCACAACAUCUCAAUGGAUUCUGCUGCCACUGAUUUUGAUGAUUGUUGGCCUCUUCAGAUGGGGCGUAGGGCUUUGGGACCACUCGGGCUACAGGACUCCUCCAAUGCAUGGAGAUUUCGAGGCUCAGCGACAUUGGAUGGAGAUUACAAUCCAUUUGCCAGUAUCGAAAUGGUAUUUCUAUGACCUUCCCUACUGGGGACUGGACUAUCCUCCUUUGACAGUUUAUCACAGCUGGCUGUGCGGCGAAGUGGGAUCUCUAUUCAAUCCAACCUGGUUUGAGCUCGAGAAAUCUCGGGGCAUGGAGGAACCAGAUCUCAAAGUGUUCAUGCGGGCCACUGUCAUCCUCUCGGAAUACCUCGUAUAUGUCCCAGCCUUGAUCAUAUUCCUUCGGCACUUUAGCAGGAUCCAUGGCACCGGGACAACCUCAGCAUCCAUUGCCCUUGUGGCGAUUCUCAUGCAGCCAGCGAACAUUCUCAUCGACCACGGCCAUUUCCAAUACAAUACCGUCAUGCUUGGCUUGGUUGUCGCAGCUUUGUCAAGCAUAUAUGCCGGUCGACUCUUGUGGUCCUGCAUUUUUUUCGUCGCCGCGCUUGGAUUCAAGCAGAUGGCCCUAUACUAUUCGCCUGUCAUCUUCGCCUACCUGCUUGGUUCUUGCCUGACUCCGCAAAUCCGCCUUGGGAGACUCAUUUCAAUCUCCCUCAUCACAGCCCUCGCAUUCGCGGUCUUAUUUGCUCCAUUGCUUGUGGGAUCAAUUUACGACAUCUAUCAGCAGAUCCCCUUCUCUGAGAUGCCUCCGCCGCCGUUCCUUUCUGACAAAAGAAUAAUUCUCGACCCUAACGUUCCCGCGGAAAUGAUUGCUCUUCAGCUUAGCCAGGCCGUCCACCGAAUCUUUCCCUUCGCCCGCGGCUUGUUCGAAGACAAGGUGGCCAACUUCUGGUGCUUCACCAACACUUUCUACAAACUCCGCAGGCUACAGGGGGUUGUCGACCUCUCUCGCAUUUCCGCUCUUGCCACUCUCGGAUCUAUCCUAGGACCGAUGUUGGUCAUUGGGGUAGUGCCGAAGAAGACGCUGCUCCCUUAUGCGCUAGCUACAUCGGCAUGGGGGUUUUUUCUCUUCUCGUUUCAGGUCCACGAAAAGUCGGUGCUGCUCCCGUUGCUCCCAAUGACGUUGCUCCUCGGGAGCAAACAAGGCCUCAGCAAAGAAUAUCGGGCGUGGAUUGGGUGGGCAAAUGCACUGGGCGUGUGGACGAUGUUCCCGCUCUUGAAGAGGGACGGCCUCACGAUCCCAUAUGUCGUGGUAUCGCUUCUGUGGUGCUACCUGCUGGGGCUGCCACCGACCAGCGUAAGCGCCUACUACGACCCUGAUCACGAGAAUGUCACCGGCCGACCACAGGCACCCGAUGAUUUGGCAACACCCACCAAAAUUUUACAUUUUCAGACUUACAUUGUCAUGGCAUUCUGGCAUCUUCUGGCGGCAUUUACAACCCCACCUGAAGAUAAGCCUGAUUUAUGGGUGGUGGUGAACGCGUGCAUUGGUGCUGCUUGUUUUGGAGUCUGCUACCUGUGGUGUUUUUGGAAAUUGAUAUUGGAGAGCGGGUUGCUCGACAGGUCGAAGAAACUCAACACGUUCUGA